GCGAUAUGUGUCUUUCAGGCGAUGUUUCUAGUGUGACGUAUAAUCUAGUGGACGGAACGCUUCUUCAACAACUGCAGCCACCUCGGUAACUCGCUAGGCAACAAAGUCGGAACAUUCAAGUUCUUUAGACAAUUUCGUGUUUUAUUUGCCACUAUGAUUUAAACGUACUUAUGUGGAAACAAUUAGCUACCCUAUUUAAUGUAAUAUUUACGUUGUAAGUCAACUAGCUGGCUUGUUUAGUUAGCAGUAGUCUAGUCGCUAAUGCUAAUUGGCUAUUUUCCCCGACCAUGAGCUCACUAAGUUACUCUCCUCCUGCUAAAGAAGAGGCUGUCUGCUGGAUGGAGAAAGAAGCUCUCGUGAAAGAGGAGGAGGAAGAGGAGGCUGUUACAAUACAACAACAUUUAGAGGGUGAGGCUGUUACAGUGAAAGGAGAGGAAGACGCCUUCAGAGUGAAAGAGGAGGAGGAAUAUGCAGUUUUUGGAGUGGAUGAGGUUAAUGUCACAGUGAAAGAAGAUGAAGACGUUUUUGGAAUGAAGGAUGAAGAGGGGGAGAUUACUGUCACAUUAGAAGAGGACGAAGAAGAGAAGACUGGAGAACUGAUUAAUAACACCAGUAAAUACAGAGAGAGACGGGGCUAUCAUGGAUCUUCUGGGGAGCCUCAACAACAUCAUGAUGCUGACAAGGCAGAGAAGAGUCUCUCCACAUCAGAACUCUUUAGGAAACACCAGCAGAGACUCACAGGGAAGAGAACUCACUGCUGCUCUGACUGUGGGAAGAGAUUCACCUCAUCAGCAGGCAUUAAAAUUCAUCAGAGAAUCCACACAGGAGAGAAACCUUUUAGCUGUACUCAAUGUGGUAAGAGUUUUUCUCAGUCAACCAGCCUGACAUCACACCAGAGAACACACACAGGAGAUAAACAUUUUUUCUGUGGUCAAUGUGGGAAGAGUUUUGGUCAUUCUGGCGAUCUGACAGUGCACCAGAGAAGACACACAGGAGAGAAACCCUAUAGCUGUGAUCAAUGUGGGAAGAGUUUUGGUAAAUCUAGCCAUCUGAAGGUACACCGGAGAACACACACAGGAGAUAAACCUUAUAGAUGUGAUCAAUGUGGGAAGAGUUUUACUCAGUCAACCAACCUGAUAUCACACGAGAGAACACACACAGGAGAUAAACCUUAUAGCUGUGGUCAAUGUGGGAAGAGUUUUGUUACUUCUAGCAGUCUGACUAUACACCAGAGAACACACACAGGAGAGAAACCUUAUAGCUGUGGUCAAUGUGGGAAGAGUUUUGUUACAUCUGGGCAGCUGACUGUACACCAGAGAAAACACAAAGAAUAGAAAUCUUAUAGCUGUAAUCAAUGUGGGAAGAGUUUUACUCAGUCAAACAGCCUGGUACGACACCAGAGGACACACACAGGAGUGAAAGCUCAUAGCUGUGACCAGAGAUAAUCUGAUAAAAGAUCUCUGAACAAAUAUCAGAAAGUACAUACAUGAAGGAGUUGUUUCAUGAUAUCAAAAAAUGUAUGUCGCAAUUACAGCUGUAAGU